UGUGGCUGCUGCUACGGGCGGGCGGUGAGUCUGGAGCGAGCGCGCAGUUCGUGCUUUGGCCCGGUGCCUCUCCCUCACCGCAUCUUGGGGUUGCUGGAGCUUGGGGGCCUGCAUGGCCCCUGACUUUUCUUCUGGGUGAUGAUGCCGCCCGAGGGCUCCUUCAUCCCCAGCCGUCGCUAACCCGGGUCCCCCACUCCAUGGCCGCCUCGGCGCCGCCCCCACCGGACAAGCUGGAGGGAGGUGGCGGCCCCGCACCGCCCCCUGCGCCGCCCAGCACCGGGAGGAAGCAGGGCAAGGCCGGUCUGCAAAUGAAGAGCCCAGAAAAGAAGCGAAGGAAGUCAAAUACUCAGGGCCCUGCAUACUCACAUCUGACAGAGUUUGCACCACCCCCGACUCCUAUGGUAGAUCAUCUGGUUGCAUCCAACCCUUUUGAAGAUGACUUUGGAGCCCCUAAAGUGGGGGCUGCAGCCCCUCCUUUCCUUGGCAGUCCUGUGCCCUUUGGAGGCUUUCGUGUACAGGGGGGUAUGGCUGGCCAGGUGCCCCCAGGAUACGGCACUGGAGGUGGAGGGGGUCCCCAGCCUCUUCGUCGACAGCCUCCUCCUUUCCCUCCCAACCCUAUGGGCCCUGCUUUCAAUAUGCCCCCCCAGGGACCUGGCUACCCACCUCCAGGCAACAUGAACUUUUCCAGCCAGCCCUUUAACCAACCGCUGGGUCAAAACUUUAGCCCUCCAAGUGGGCAGAUGAUGACAGGCCCAGUGGGAGGAUUUGGGCCCAUGAUCUCACCCACAAUGGGACAACCUCCCAGAGGGGAGCUGGGUCCUCCUCUUCCCCAACGUUUUGCCCAACCAGGAGCACCUUUUGGUCCCUCUCCUCUUCAAAGACCUGGUCAGGGGCUUCCCAGCCUGCCCCCUAACACAAGUCCCUUUCCGGGUCCAGACCCUGGCUUUCCUGGCCCUGGUGGUGAGGAUGGGGGGAAACCGUUGAACCCACCUGCUCCCACUGCUUUUCCUCAGGAGCCCCAUUCCGGCUCCCCAGCUGCUGCUGUUAAUGGGAAUCAACCUAGUUUCCCCCCAAAUAGCAGCGGCCGGGGUGGGGGCACUCCAGAUGCAAACAGCCUGGCACCUCCUGGCAAGGCAGGUGGGGGCUCGGGACCCCAGCCUCCCCCAGGCUUGGUGUAUCCAUGUGGUGCCUGCCGAAGUGAGGUGAAUGACGACCAGGAUGCCAUUCUGUGUGAGGCCUCCUGCCAGAAGUGGUUCCACCGUGAGUGCACAGGCAUGACUGAGAGUGCCUACGGGCUGCUGACCACAGAGGCCUCUGCUGUCUGGGCCUGCGAUCUCUGCCUCAAGACCAAGGAGAUUCAAUCCGUCUACAUCCGUGAGGGCAUGGGGCAGCUGGUGGCUGCUAACGACGGGUGAUGCUGACAAGGUUGCCCAGGGAAGCGCACAAGUCCCCUGCCUGCUCUUCUGGGUGAUUGUUUCUGUGUGUGGCUCUUGGUCCUUGUUUCCAAUGGCUUCUCAUUCCCCUGGGGGCAGAAACAGUGGUUCCUGGGGGCAGAAAAGGAACUGAGGUGGGCAAGUGGAAGAGGGCCAGGAUCGCUCACUUUUCUGGACACUUGCCCGCUGAGAUCUACAGAGGUCCAGGAAACCAAAGCCUUGCUGCGCAGAGCCAGAGCCAUUUUGUAUGUGGCUGUCAUGGAAGCCGAGUGCUGUGGCUGCAAUAGAAAAGAGGCUGAAGGAAAACCUGGAGGGCCGGGGUGUCCCCUCUGCCUGCCAAGCCUUGUGCCUGUUUCAGCCCCACAGUUCCAGCUGACGUUUUUUGUCAUCAAGGUUUCUGGCCAGAGGAGUUGGGGUCAUCCCAUCUUUGUAGUAGUCUUUCCAUGGGGUCUGUGAGAUGGCUUUAGGAGGGCAUCCAUGGGGAUUUUCCCCUCUUCCACCUUCCCCUUUGCCUCCUUGGAGACUACCUGACUCCUCUCAGAGAACCAGAUAGCUUGAAGAAGCUGGAGAGUUCUUGGCUACAGCGGUUUCUUGGUGAUUUGGGGCUUCAAGAUAGUAGGUAAGAGAUGCUGUCAGGACAUUAUCUCCCUCAUACCAAAGUCACUGGUCCUUUCUCCACCUCUCUUGUGCUUUUCUCCGAAUGACCAUGUUUUUGCCAAAAAGUGGGAUAUGUGGUCUGACAGACCAGGAUAUUUGAAGUUUGGACUGUCCCGGAAGUCUGGAGUCUGUGGUCCUACUACCCUCCCCCAAUCUUGGCCAUCUGUUGCACAUUAUCUUCAGCGCCUUUCUUCAGCUUUUGGCGUCCUUAAUGCCCUGGCCUCACUGACUUGACUGAAGGAAAGCUUGAAAAGGGGCAGAGCCCUUAUACCUCAUUUCCUCACCUGAUAAUAGGAUGCAAGUGAGGCCCUGUCACAGCC